GGAGACAUCGCCACCAUCCGGUCCAGUUUGUCCAGUGGACGGCGCCGUGGUCACACCAGCUGAGGUGUUCCAGGAUAACUGCUGUAAACGUGAGAUCUCUAAUCUGGAGGUGUACUGUACCAACUUCCCAGCAUGCACCUCAGUGGUGACGCUGCACCGCCUGCAGGACCACCUGAGCUCGUGUCCGUACGAGCAGGUGCAGUGCUUCAAUGUGGGCUGCAGGGCGGCGCUACAGAGGAGACACCUGCAGGAACACCUGAGCAGCACCUGUCCUCACCGCACAGAGCCCUGCCCACACUGCCAGCAGCCACUCCCACUCAGCCUCAUCCAGGACCACGUGCUGACCUCCUGUCCUGACGUGGAGGUCCACUGUCCCAGCUGCUCACAGAAGCUUCCCAGACACAAGCUGAAGGAGCACAGAGACUCGUGUCCUGAGGUUCAGGUCAGCUGUUCCUAUCAGAGGUUUGGCUGCUGCGUGCAGGGUCAGAGAGCGAGAGUGAAGCUGCAUGAAGACGCUGCCGUCAACCAUCACAUGCUGCUGGUCCUGAAGAGCAACACUCACCUGGAGCAACAGGUGGAGGUUCUCCAGGAGGAGGCGCUGCAGAGGCAGCAGGAGGUCCAGACGGACGGUUCGCUGCUCGACGGUCUGCAGCAGGAAGUCAGACCGCUGCUGCAACAGACGAGCAACCAUGAACGCAUCAUCUGCACAGCUCAGGUAAGUACGAGAAGAACCUCCAUCGUCAACGAUAUCAUCGUCAACGUUAUUGUUAUCGUCAAUGUCAUCGUCAACGUUAUCGUUAUCGUCAACGUUAUCAUCGUCAACGUUAUCAUCAUCGUCAACGUUAUCAUCAUCGUCAACGUUAUCGUCAACGUUAUCAUCGUCAACGUUAUCGUCAACGUUAUCGUCAACGUUAUCAUCGUCAACGUUAUCGUCAACGUUAUCGUCAUCGUUAUCAUCAUCGUCAACGUUAUCGUCAACGUUAUCAUCAUCAUCAACAUUAUCGUCAACGUUAUCGUCAUCGUUAUCAUCAACAUUAUCGUCAACGUUAUCAUCAUCAUCAUCAUCAUCAUCAACGUUAUCGUCAACGUUAUCGUUAUCGUCAACAUUAUCGUUAUCGUCAUCGUUAUCGUUAUCAUCAUCGUCAACGUUAUCGUCAACGUUAUCAUCAUCGUCAACGUUAUCGUUAUCGUCAACGUUAUCACCAUCGUCAUCGUUAUCGUCAACGUCAUCAUCAUCGUCAACGUUAUCGCCAACGUCAUCGUUAUCGUCCACGUUAUCGUCAACGUCAUUGUUAUCGUCAACGUUAUUGUCAACGUUAUCGUCAGCGUCAUCGUCAACGUCAUCGUCAACGUCAACGUUAUCGUCAACGUUAUCAUCGUCAACGUUAUCGUCAACAUUAUCAUCAUCGUCAACGUUAUCGUCAACGUUAUCGUCAACGUCAUC